GAGCCAUGAACGAGCUUCUUGCCUGAUAUGUCUGAAGCUCUAGCCGUGGAUGCAACGCCGCAAUCUCCGGGGUCACCAUCGCGGUCUUCACCACAGCUGGUAAUGGAGGACCUCCCAGACCUGACCGAUCGUAUCAUGUCCAUGGGCCUCUACGAGGAAUACCAGAAAUUCCGGGAGGGGAAUCUCAUAUGGAGGGGUGGUGGCCACCAUGGUGCCCGUGGAGAGCCAACUGCGCAGGCCUUAGACCGUUCACCAGAGAGGCAACACAGGAGUUUUCUUCAGAGUUUCUACCCGUCCUUUGACACCUGGCACUGGCGAAGGACAGCCUCAUAUUGGAUCGCAAUCUCCUUUCUGGAAGGCUCACUACUUUUUCUGUUUGGGAGCGCUUUCGGAUUUGCGGCUGACAGUGGAUGGCGCAUCAGUGUGGAUCACCACGUGAAUUUAAGACUGAACAAGGCGCUCAGCGUUUGGCCAUCUCUUUUCGGUGGAGUUUUUUUCUGCUUCGGAGCGUACUUGAUGUGUUUGGAGUCAAUGAAUGUCAUGCGGGGGAGAGACUCAUGGAAGACCAAUCUCUUCAACGUACCGUCUGUUUUGGCAUACCUGGAUGAGUGCAAUGAACAAAAUCCCGAAGUGACCCGAACACCAUAUCUUGCAUCAAUGUCGUACUUCGUGGGCACUUUGAUCUUUCCUGUGGCAUUGGUGGCGAACUUAUGGACACACUUAAGCCCUGCCAACAACUUGCUUUUCGCCACGAUUCCUAACACCGUUGGAGGUGUUGCCUUCAUUGCAGGGGGGUUCCUUGAAUGUGUUGAGAACCAGGUCUUUAUGACCGCGGCCAGCGAGGGCUCAGGUAUUCCCAAGUGCGCAGCUGCUAUGAAUUUCAUCGGUGGGAUACUCUUUACCAUUGGGGGCCUUGUUUUGUUUUUCCCAGACAUGGCAGCAGAGAGCAAUCUAUGCUACACUGUUGGCUCCCUCCUCUACACAGUUGCAAGCAGCCUGAGUGUGAUUCUGUGGAAGGACGAGCAGUUUGGCUUGGCCUAUUUGGCGGCUUUGAAUCACAUCAGCGGGCAGGAGAGAUCCCGAUCAUUCCUGGCUGGUUCGCAGCAAUCAGGAGCAUUUUCAGUGAGAGGAAUCGUAUUCAUCCAUAUCUACUGUGCUGUGUCUGUCAUUGCUGUGAUGAACUUUUGCCUUGCUCUCAACCACUUCUUGAGCUCACCCAACCUCUUCACGAUGACAAGGGCGGGUAAUGAAUUCUUGCCCUUUGUUUUGCUCCAUUUGGUAUUGCUGAUGCACUCCGCAGUUGUGAAGACUCCCAAGACUCAGCCUUUUCAUGCACUUGUGAUAUCACUUCGCUGCAUUACAGUGGUGAUUAUGCUGCUGGCAAUUGGCACAUUUCUUGCAGGACUGAUGCAUCCUCCACCACCGCCUUUGCUGGAGCGUCAUUCUUUGCGGUGGCAUUUUCGCGCACGACCCCUGAUCAUUUGAGAGACCAGGCCGUGUAGGAGCACUGCACUUCGACAUUCGAUUCAUUUUGGUUCACUUGAUUAUCUUGAUUUGAUGCCGGCGGAUUUGAAAAGCGACUCGUGGCCAGGAACGCGGAGCAGCUUAAUCAUAGAUUUAUGCACGCGAAUAAUUC